AUGCGCGCGCUGCGGCCACUCGUCGCACGAGUCUUCUCGGUGCGCUUUGAGAAGGUCAAGACCGUUUUCUCGCUGUGGCUUCUCGUCGCGUUGCUGCACGCACUGUUUGCGACGCACCUCUUUUCCCUCGCGUACUGCCACCACUACAUCACGUUGGACCUCUACAGCUACGAGCGGCGGACAUUAGGCCUCCCGCCCGACCUCACGGCCUCGAUGGUCGCCUGCAUCCUCGUCGGCGCGCUUUUUUGCGAAGGUCUCGUGUCCAUGAUGCGCUACCGGCAACUCGAGAAGCGCAUUGAGCGCCUCGUGCUGGUGCGCGACUCGAGCAAGCGCCGGGCAGACACUGGCGCUCUCUCGAUGAGCCUUUGCUUUCACCGCCUCGGCGAGCUCUGGACAACGUACGCGGCCCACUUUAGCAGCCAAGGCGAGCUCUUUGCGUGGGGCUACGAAGUCCAGCGCACCUU